CGCACCCGGAAGUAGGAGUGCAGAAGGUGAAGCAACGUAGAAACCAAACAUGGCUCGUCGUUUUCUCUGCAGAUCCGUCGGUGUGUUUCGGCUCAGCAGGACGUGUCCGCCGCUGACUGGACCUCGGUUCUGCUCCCAGACGGAACCGGAGCCUCUGACGGUGAAACUACAAAACAACGGAGUCAGGAGAAUAAUAUUGAACAACCCCAAGAAGAGGAAUGCUCUGUCUUUGUCCAUGCUGGAAUCCCUCAGAGAAAACAUCCUAACCGACGUCGACAGCGAUGAUCUCAGAGUUGUUAUCAUAUCAGCCAGAGGUCCUGUGUUUUCCUCUGGACACGACCUGAAGGAGCUGACGUCGGCUCAGGGCAGAGAAUAUCACACAAAGGUGUUUCACACCUGUUCAGAG